GGCGGCGCCCUCUGUUGCUCCACGGCUGCGGAGGGGACCGGGCGGCGGACGCUGGACGCCGGACAGCCGCGAGCGCCGCCCGGCCGGUUGGGCGUGAGACCGCAGGUCUUAGCGAAGGCCUGGGGCCCAGCGAAUCUCCGUCGCCUGGGCUGCCACCUGACGCGAACAUCCUGCCCGGGCCCCGCUGCAGAGGCGUCGCCAGGGAGCGUGCUGACCGGGCAGGGGGCCGAGAUGUCCAACCCCUUCCUGAAGCAAGUUUUCAACAAGGACAAGACCUUCCGCCCCAAGCGCAAGUUCGAGCCGGGCACCCAGCGGUUCGAGCUGCACAAGAAGGCCCAGGCGUCGCUGAACGCGGGGCUGGACCUGAAGCUGGCCGUGCAGCUGCCCCCUGGCGAGGAGCUCAGUGACUGGGUGGCCGUGCACGUGGUGGACUUCUUCAACCGCGUCAACCUCAUCUACGGCACCAUUGGCGAUGGCUGCACGGAGCAGUCCUGCCCGGUCAUGUCGGGUGGCCCCAAGUAUGAGUAUCGCUGGCAGGACGAGCACCAGUUCCGCAAGCCCACGGCGCUGUCGGCCCCCCGCUACAUGGACCUGCUCAUGGACUGGAUCGAGGUGCAGAUCAACAACGAGGAGCUCUUCCCCACCCACGUCGGCACACCGUUCCCCAAGAACUUCCUGCAGGUGGUGAAGAAGAUCCUGUCACGGCUGUUCCGCGUGUUCGUGCAUGUCUACAUCCACCACUUCGACCGCAUUGCGCAGAUGGGCUCCGAGGCACACGUCAACACCUGCUACAAGCACUUCUACUACUUCGUCAAGGAGUUCGGCCUCAUCGACACCAAGGAGCUGGAGCCGCUGAAAGAAAUGACCGCACGGAUGUGCCACUGAAAGCCCCUCAGGCCCGCAGUCACUGAGGCUGUGCCCCGGGGACACCCGCACUCGAGGGCCACGGCUCCAGAACACGGACCCGUGCUUUAUAGAAAGCCCAGCCAGUGAGCGAGCUCGGUGCCGUGGAGGCUGCACUGAAUGCAGGGGUGGAGUCCUCCCCGAUCCCGGUGGGCAGCCGCCGUGGGUCUGCACGCGGCCAUCCUGAGCCCGGCUCCUUGACAGGCGGCGAACUUGAACUCCGUGGUUCUGCGUGUUGAGCACCCGGGCAAAUCCACUUUGUGAACCACUAGCAUUUGCCCUGUGGUUUGGCCCAGACCAGCCGCCGCGUGCCGCCAGCGCCCAGGGGCCCCGUGUCCGCUUCGCGACUCGCACGACGGGGACCCCACACCUGCUCCCCAGCUUUCCCGGGCCCCUUCACGGAUCGUGAGAGAUUGGAGUAUUCUCCGUGUGAGUCCUCGUCGCCUUUAGAAAACUGUCUCCUCUCCCUCAUGAAUAACGCAGGAUGAAUCUCCCGUGGAACCCCCCUCCCGGGCUGGAACCUUUCAAAUUUUGCCAAAUGUUUAGCUGGAGUUAGCCUUUCUGCAGAUGCCUGCCAACUUUAUGUGGAAGCCCUGUGUUUGCGUGGCCUUGCGUGGCUACGGGACCCAAAUCUCAGCACUGUCUCCCAUGGACCUUGGGAGGGUGGCCAGGGCCCCGUCUGGGCCACGCUGAAGUGACCACAGGAGCCCCAUUCUGCCUGUGCCUGCAUCCCGCCCGCGUGCAGCGUCCUCAGUGGCCUUUUCCGUGGUACCCUUCCAGUCUGGACCGCACCGACUCUUGAGUGCCUCUGGGUGUCUGGGAUGCUCGCAGGAGCGAGGAGCACCAUCACCCAACGCCAACAAGUGCAAUUAACAUGACCUUGGCCUCGGUCCUUCUGGAAACCCCCGGGGUCCAGCUCGAGGAGGCCCCUUCUGAUCGAAUGUAGCUCCCUUUAAGUGCAAAACUUUGGCCAAGCACCAUGACCACUGUGUCCCACGGCGCAGCCAGGUCGGGGAAGGUGGCAGGGACUUCUCUCCACCCUCCCUGCCCACGGCUCUUCCCGCACGAGCAUCAGAAUACACUGGGCCAUCUGUGUA